AUGUCGACGAGCGUCGGAGGAGCGGGCACGGAGAUGCAAGAUGUGGAUACGGAUGGGGAUACUCGGGAGUGCGAAUAUGAUAAAAAUGGGGAUGGGUUUGUCGGGCGCAGGGAGGUGGAGGAACGAGGAGAGGGCGAAGACGACGAGGAUGUGGAUGUGGAUGUGGACGAUAUAACGCAGGAGUCAGGCCUCGUGUAUCAGGACGACGAACACGGGGUAGAAGGAGAGAUGAUAGAGAAACGACUCAGAAUCAGAGCCUGGGCUCGAGCUCGAGUCGAAGUGGAGGCUGUGGAAGAAGGCGAAGUCGAAGUGGAUGGAUUCGUCGAAGAAAGGGAGGAAGUAGAGAGGGAAGAAGGGCGUGGAUCCGCCGAAGGAAGUGUGAUCGAGGAUGAAGCGGGGAAUAAGCUUGUCUUCCGUCGUGUGGAGCGUAUUGAGAUGCUGGUGGAAGAGGGCGAAGUACUCGAAGAAGAGAAUGAACGCGGACACGAGCACAAGCACGAGCACGAGCGCGGAGAUAAGCUGUUGAGUGGGGAGAUUAUUCCUGGUAUAGAUUCCUAUGGAGAUGAUGAUGGACCUACGAGUAUUCAAGUAGAGGUGGAGGAAGGCGACCUUAUAGACGAAUAUACCGCUGGUGCGAAUUUAGGUGCGGAUGCCAAUCGAGUCGUGCAGAAAGAUUUGACGUCGGCGUCGGAGGAAGAUGAAGUGGUGGACUUUGGGUCAACUGGAGAGUUGCAGGUGAACGAGCUGGAUUUGGACAGGGAUGUAGAGGAUGUGGGAAACGGGAAUGUCAGACGGAGACGAUGGCGGAAGGACUUCGUGGUGCCUCGAUCGGCGUUCAACUCUGCGUCUAGCAGCAUAUCGCCCUCUACAGCAACUACAACAGAUGGCAUUCUAUGUCCUCGCGCGAACGGAAACGCAAACAUUACCACAAACACAAGUCUACGAUUGAAACCCCUACAAGCGAUCCACGACAACUCGUCGUUAAUCCUGGGUCGAACCCCACAUCUUCAUCGUUCGAGCUCUCCCCGAACCCAACCUAAAACCACCUCGCCACACGACCGCUCUCGACGUCUACCUCCGAGCAAACAUUCGCGCCUACAUCGACAACGAUACAUGCAUCGAGCGGAAGAACUUUACUCCAUCACUUACUACAUCCCAGACCUCGAACCGGCAGAAACCUCAGUUCUGGCUGGAGAGAAAGAUGGACUGUAUGCACGUCUGAGGGAACGGGUGUUUUUCCUCAACGGUGGAGACGAUAGGCUCAAUCCAAAUGGGGCGUCGAUACGGAGUGGAGGGUGGAGAGGUGUCGGGAUCCGAUAUGUAUGGUGCGAUCAGUCGACAUGA